AUGGAUGAACUGCCUGAAGAAAUAUUUCCUCUCUUGGAAUGGUUUGAAGAAAACUACAUCGGUACAGUUGUAAGAAAUCGUCGUCGAAACCCACUUUUCCCCCCUAUAAUUUGGAACGUUCAUGAUCGCGUACUUAAUAAAGACGAUCGAACAAAUAAUCAUGCAGAAGCGGCAAAUCAUCGUCUUAAUCUACAAAUGGCAGUUGACCAUCCGACACUAUGGGCAUUUAUAUCAUGUUUAAGGAGAAUACAAAGUGGCCGAGACACCUUCUUUUGCCAAUUAGAAACAGGCAAAAGUCCACCAAAAAAGAAAAAAAAAUACAUUGACGUCGAUAAACGUAUUUUAAAAUUAGUCUGCGAUUAUGAUAAUCGUAAUAUUAUGAGCUUUUUAAGAGGGAUAGCACAUAAUUUAAGUAAGAUGACCUGA